CCGCCUGCUCCGCAGAGCAAGCGUUUAAAACAUAAAACCCUUUGCAGCAUGGGCCUCCAAACAGACUGGCAACACAACAGUUAAUAUUUGCAAUUUCACUUUUGUAAAGUACAUUUCUAUUUUACGCUUAUCUACAGACCACGUGAUAAUUCCACUUAAAAAAAAAAAAAAUUGUAUUUAUAAAUAAAUCUCGACCUUUGUAAUUGGUAAACGAUUAAGAUACGUUUAAAAUAUCUACGGUGCAUUUGAAGAGAUCUGAACCUAAAACACGUCUCUGUCGCAUAUUCUCAUCAGGGGUUUGUGAUAGCCGGUAUUAUAGAGGUCCUGAACCAUUGCAUCUACACGUGUUUCCAGGCAGAGUAAGCUGAGCUACAGCACGGACCGUUUAACUAAGUUUUAAGGACGGUUUAGCCUGCUGUGCUGAAAUGGCAGAAGAUGGGUUAAUAUUGAACAUCGCUGACAACCCUGUGCUUCACAAUGGGAGCAAGAGGUUUCAAAAAUCCUUCAGACUUGCUGAUAAAUGGAAAGUCAGAAAAACUGCAAAGCGAGCUGCAGAGGGAGGAGGCUUGGAAGGCCCCCCCUCGAAACGGAAACCAGGGUCCCCUGCAAAGAGGGUGCCCCAGGCUGCACAGAAAGCGACACUAGAAAAGGUGACCCCUAAAUCCCUGCCAAAGAUCCAUCCCAAGAAGCAGGUGAAAGAGGGGGGCAGAACUCCAGAGACCGCCCUGAAGGGCAAGGGAACCCCGAAAAGCCGUCUCCAGACCAAUGCAGCCGGCCGGGAGGACAGAGAGGGAGGGGAAAGACCGUUCAUCAAGACGUCGUCUCUCUUCAGAAACAACCCAGAGAUCCCCGAGAUCCACAGGCCUGCGGUGGCCCAGCUGAAGGAGAAAGUGUUCACAAGUGACUCGUUCAGUGAGCUGAACCUGCACCCCCACCUGCUCUCCACUCUGAACAAUGUGUUGAAGGUCUCCAGCAUGACCAGCGUCCAGAAGCAGACAAUCCCGGCACUGCUUGAUGGGCGGGACGCUGUGGUUCGCUCCCAGACCGGCUCAGGUAAGACCCUCGCUUAUGGAAUCCCAUUGGUGCAAUCCUUACAGGCUGUGCAGCCCAAGAUCCAGCGCAGCGAUGGGCCGUUGGCUGUCAUUGUGGUCCCCACCAGAGAGCUGGCCCUACAGAGCUUUAACAUCAUCCAGAAACUAUUGAAGCCGUUCACUUGGAUUGUACCUGGAGUGCUGAUGGGUGGGGAGAAGCGCAAAUCAGAGAAGGCCAGGUUGCGAAAGGGGAUCAACAUCCUGAUCACAACCCCGGGCCGCCUGGUCGACCACAUCAACAACACCAAGAGCUUCAGCUUCAGCCGCAUCAGGUGGCUCGUCCUGGACGAGGCUGACAGGAUCCUGGACCUGGGGUUUGAAAAGGACGUUGCAGUGAUACUGAACGCUCUCAAUGCUGCGCAGGAGCAGAGACGGAACGUGCUGCUGUCUGCCACGAUGACAGACGGUGUGAGCAAACUGGCAGGUAUCUGUAUGAAGGAGCCAGUCAGCAUCCAGGUGGCCGAGGCACCUGCGGAGCCACGGGGAGGCGGGGAGGGCGCACUCGGGGCCCCCUCCGGAGGUCUCUCUGAGAGUUUUGCCGUCCCGGAGAAGCUGCGCCAGCACACCGUGGUCGUCCCCAGCAAACUGCGCCUCGUCACGCUGGCAGCUUUCCUCCUGGGGAAGUGCAAGCAUGAGAAGAGCCAGAAAGUUAUUGUGUUUCUCUCCAGCUGCGAGUCUGUGGAAUUUCUCUUUGCCAUCUUCAAGGAGGUUCUGUGUAACAAUGCAGGGAACCAGGAGACCAGGGAGGUGUCCCCCCAGCGCCCUCUGCUGGACUUCAUGAGACUGCAUGGCAACAUGGAGCAGGAGGAGAGGACGGAGGUGUUUCAGAAGUUUUCCCAGGUGAAGUCUGGCAUCCUUCUCUGCACGGAUGUGGCAGCGCGUGGGCUGGACCUGCCCCUUGUCACCUGGAUUGUUCAGUACACAGCCCCGGCCUCGCCCGCAGAGUAUGUGCAUCGCGUGGGUCGGACCGCGCGGAUCGGCACACAGGGGAGCAGCCUGCUGUUCCUGACCCCCACAGAGACAGACUACCUGGGGGUGCUGGGCUCUCACAACAUCAGCAUGUCGGAGAUGAAGGUGGAAGAUAUUUUAGCAAGCCUCAUGUUGGAAGACUGGGUUAAAGGACGUGGACAAUGGGGUAACAAGAAAUCCCAUGGGGCCGUGCAACAAGAAGUGCGAGAGCGGGCCACAGUGUUGCAGACGGAGUUUGAGAAUUUUGUCCAUUCCUGCGAGGAGAACGUCCAGGCAGCCAAGAAAGCCCUGCAGUCGUUCGUGAGAGGCUACGCCACGUACCCAGCCAGCCUGAAGCACAUCUUCCACAUCAAGACCCUCCACCUGGGCCACGCGGCCAAGAGCUUCGGGCUGAGAGAUGCUCCGCAGAACCUGAACGCCAACCUGGGCAAGGCCAGGCACAGCAAAGCCAAGGAGCAGAAGAAGAGGCCUGUCAAGAAGAUGAGCAACAAGGAGAGAAUGGCUGAGAUCCUUCGCUCUGAAUAUUCCAGUGGGAUCGAGUCCGCUGCUCCCAACAAGCAGAAGCAGAAGAUGGGCUUGAAGAUGCACAGAAAGCCAGGCCAACGCAAAGUCAGGAAGCAGCAGGCAUAACCAGACUGCUCCCUCCUGGCCUUACCAGAACACCCUCACUCUGUGACGCGUCGAUCAGGUCUCUCGAAGAGACGGAGAGGGGCGUCGCUGUCAUUCACCCCGAGAGCUUGUCUCCCUGGCCUCCGUUCCGAAGGUGGUGACCUCUGUAUGUGUCUUGCAUGACGACUUUCACUCUAUGAAACAGCCUCUGCUUGUAUCUUCAAUGACUGGGGAGAGACAUCGGGCAGCGAUUGUCUGAGAUGGGGCUUGAGCCUGCACUGUAAUGCACUGUAAUGCGGUCCUUGAGUGUAAGAAAAUAAAUGAUGAGCUGCCACUGGCACACCAGA